GUUAAUCUCUUUCGGGAGGUUUUCAGCGAGCUUGAGCUCGUGCGACCGGGAACCACCAGAUUCGGGACUCAAGUGAUCAUGGUGUCGUGGUUCUUGGAGGUGAAGCGACAAUUGCGCAACAUGGUAAUUAGCGAAGAGUGGGGGGAGGUGCCGGUUGCGAAAACAGAGGAGGGGCGGCGAAUCCGCCGCCUCCUCCUUGACGAUGCCUUUUGGGGCUCGGUGGGGUUGGUGCUGAAACUCAUGACCGCGGUGUACGAAGUGCUCCGGGCGGUAGACACGCGGGCUCACCUCAUGGGAAGGAUCUACGGCUUGAUGCUCAACGCCACGAUGAAGACCAACGAGGCGGCCGAGUGGGCGGCCACAUACUUCGUGAAGAAGACCGGGCUGCUCUUGGCCAAGGACAAGGCUUCCUUCCUGGCCAAGGUGCGCCGGAUUAUUUCCCAGCGUUGGGACAGUCAGCUGCAUAACCCUUUGCAUGCGGCUAGUUGGCUCCUCAACCCCGUCAACCGCUUUGCCGAGGAGGUUAGGGCCGAUUCGGAGAUUGUGAACGGGAUGGAGAGGGUGCUUGAGGUGCGGGAGACGAACAUUCAGCGCCGCACUCUCCUCCAAGCCCAACUCGCCCACUACCAUAGUGGGAACGGGAGUUUGGGAGGCAAGGAGGCGCGGUGGACCGCCACCGCUUUGGUGGAGAGCGGGAGGCUCUCUGAGGCGGAGUGGUGGUCCACCUACGGGGGGGAGGUGAGGGCGCUUCAGGAAAUGGCCGUUAGGAUCCUCUCCCAACCGUGCACGUCGUCCGAGGCGGAGCGGGCGUGGUCGGCUUUCAACCGGGUGCAGCGACGCGAUCACAACCGGCUGAAUUCUGACACCAUGAUCGAUGUCACGGUGGUGGCCAGUCGUUGCUAGCUGUCGGAUGUUUUCAACAAAAAAAAGAAAAAAGAAAAAAAAAGAGAGGAAAAUCCCGUCUAUUAAAGAAACGGCGUUUUUUUCAACCUUGCUCUGCCCCUUGCCUCCCUUCCUCUUCCAUCCCUUCCCGUCCCUUCCCUUCCCUUCCCUUCCCUCCUUUUUUUCCCUUCCCAAACUCUUCCCUUCCCCUAUGUUUCCUAAGCCCGAACUUCAAGUCAACCCCACUGCAUGAAAUCAGCAUCCCUCUGGGGCGCUAAGCACUUCUCCUCCCAAAUCUAAACCCCGAAACCUAAGCUGUACCCCAUGCCAUGAACCCAGAUUCCCCUUGCACGAGGUCAGAGGCCCUCUGGGUUGAUACGUGCCCUUCUUUCCCCUCCAUGCGCCUGUCUUCCCGAGCACACUUCUCAAGCCACGAGUCGAGCCCUUAUCCCCCUCUCCUUAGAAUGCAACUCUUGAACCCGUAUCUGCCAUUGCAGUAGAUCAUCGGGCCUCUUGAUUGUUAAGUGUGCCUCUCUUUCCUCCCCUGCAUGUGUUUACGGUUAUCCCAACCCUAAUCCCCACCCUCAAGUUGAACUGCGCCCCAUGAGCUCCUAUCUCCCCUCGGAAGAGAUCAGCAGCCCUUUGGGUCGCUACGUGCACCUCGUUCCAGUGUGUGAGGAGUCUAUUUUUGAGGCGCCUCAAAAAUAGACCUCUUUCCACUGU